GUGUUAGGUUAUUUUCGUUACGGAAUUUCUGGAUUCGGUCCCCACGCUCAAGGCCCGCGAUAGAAGCUAUGCAAUGCUAUGAAUAGCUUAAAAAUAAAUGUUCAAGUAAUGAAGAUGACCUGUGAAUGCGAUUUUCAGGAUUCUUAUGAGUAGUAGAGUAGUACCACACAGACUUUACGAACUAUAAAAAAAUCAUAAAAGAAAUUAAAAUUCUAAGGAGUUAAUGCCAAGCGUGUUUAUUAGCCUGAUGAGGCUAAAUUAUGGUGAACCUUACGCAAAAGCAACAAAAAAUAAUAAAAUACGUAAAUAUAACAGUGCUAUUCUAUACCUAGUGCUGUUAACUUGUGGAAUUAGAAGAGACAUGGCUUAUCAACCUGGUUAUGGUCAACCGGGAAAUUAUGGCCAAUUGGAAAUGGGUCAUGGGCCGUAUCCAUCAGUGGGCGCAGGGGGAACCGUCUCGCCCCAAGUGCAGCAAUGGUUUCGAGCUGUUGAUAAGGACCAAUCCGGUUUUAUAACAGCGCCUGAAUUGAAGGCUGCGUUAGUGAACGGUCAAGGGCAAACAUUCUCAGAAGUUGCAUGUAAUUUAAUGAUAGGUAUGUUUGAUAAGGAUAGAUCUGGAACUAUAAAUCUCGAGGAGUUUGAUAAAUUGUACACUUAUAUCAACCAAUGGCUGGCGGUAUUCAAGACAUACGACACUGACCAGUCGGGGCACAUCGAGGAAAAAGAAUUAUCACAAGCGUUAUCACAAAUGGGAUUCAGGUUCUCGCCAGAAUUCAUAAAUUUUUUGACAAAGAGGAGCGAUCCCAGGGAGGGAAAAAUUUCAGUGGACAGUUUUAUUGUUAUGUGUGUUCAACUACAACGUUUCACAGAAGCAUUUAGAGCAAGAGAUACACAACAGAAUGGCACUGUCACAAUCGGGUUUGAGGAUUUUCUCAAUAUUGCUUUGAGCUGUUCUAUCUGAACUUACACAUUUACGAUGCAUAAUAUCAUCUUAUUUCUUAUACAAGAAUGAUAUAAAAAUGAAUAAAUACAUGAAUUUUCAUUAAGCAGUCACUUUACGCAGUCACACUAUUCUGGGCUCAACAUAAAAGCUUUAUGCUUGAAACACGAAUGAAAUAUUACACUUAUACUUAUGUAUUGACAUAUUAUUUUGUUAACCAAUUAUUUGUUUUUUAACUUUAUAAUGGAGAAACUCACUAUCAUUAAAUAUAGAGAAGUCAUUAAUGAUGAAUAAAUUACUUUAUUAUGUUCUUGUUUAUACUGAACUCAUUAUUUUUUUAUUAUGACAAUACUUUUAUUGUUUAUGAGGUUUUUUUUACAAUAAAUCCAUACUUGAGACACUCCACUAAAUGCCAGCAUAAUUAAGCUACAAGUAGGUAGAGGUUUAAGCUAUCUGUAGAAGAACACUAUUUUGUUAUAAAUAAAAGAUAAAUAAAUUUCACAUUUUUA